UCAUGCACGCUCUGCAAGGGUUUCUGCUCUUUCAAACUUUGACGCUUCUUAGACAUAAUGCACUGGGGAGUCAAAUCAUAAAAGGUAGAAAGGCUGAGAAAAAGCAGAUGAUGUAUAUGGCAUCAGUGCAAGACAACAAUGGACAUAUAUGUGGAGGUUUCCUUGUCAGUGAAUAUUUUGUAAUGACUGCAGCGCACUGUGCUCCCAAGAAUCCUACAAGUGUUGUUCUGGGCACUCACAAUCUCAAAAAGGUUGAUGACACAAUGAGAUAUGAUGUGAAGAUGUGCAAACAUUCUUUUAAGGAUGUUCUAUCUGGAAAUGAUAUCAUGCUUCUCAAACUGUCCAGGAAAGCUCGCCUGGAAGGAAACAAAGUUAUUAAGCCAAUUAAACUUCCACAUCCAAAAAUUAAUCUAAAGGAAAACAAAACCUGCAGUGUAGCUGGAUGGGGGGCCAUAAAAAGUAACGGUGAAAGUGUUGACGAACUGCAAGUGGUGGAUGUCCCCAUCAUUAACAAGGACAGGUGUCAGAGUGUUUGGCAGAAUAUGCUUCCGGCUAAAGUUAUUUGUGCAGGUGGAUACUUUAAAAACAAAGGAAUCUGUCAGGGUGACUCUGGUGGCCCUCUGGUGUGUGACAAUUUGGCAGUUGGUGUCGUUUCCUUUAACAACGACAAAAUCUGUGACUAUCCGAAUGUCCCCAACGUUUAUACAGACAUAUCAAAAUUCCUUUCUUGGAUCAAACCCAUUCUUAAGAAAAAGAAAUGCUACUAAUCUCUGGCUCUCUUCCACAGUGCAUCUUUUGUCCUACCUUCCUUCCCUGGGCUCCAACCAGUCAUGAUCAUUUUGUUAGACCUCAAUGGGAGUUUUUGCUGUAAUCAGAGCUAGAUUUUCACCAUUAGGGGGCAGCGUUCAAUUAUCUUUUCACAUCUGUCAGAAACAAGAAAAUGGAGAGUUUGGUGUGAGAUCAGAAUAGUGUGUGUGGUGAGAACCAUUUACUUACUGAAAGAAGGUUCUGGGUUUAAAGUUCCUUGUUGGCCGAGGUUUUCUCUCAUAGU